AUGGCGGCGGAUCUCCGCAAUCAUGAGUUCCGGGUCAUGCGCACCGCGCAGGUGCGCUCGACAUACGACCCUGCUAGCCGUCUCUGCGUCAAGUUGCGGACCGUGCAGGAGGGCAAUAGCGUCAAAGCGAUAGCUGCCGCUUACCGGCGGCCAGAUGGUGGCCUUUGUGUGCCCAUCGACCCGCGAGGUUUUAUCGAUGCCGAAUUCCUGGAGAAUUUUCCGUGGCCAGGAUCAGACGGAGCCGCGCAGGUGGCGCCAACUCCCGCGAAGGCGGAACAGACCCUGUGCCUCGACCUGCUGCUGCCUAGGCCGAGCGCUUCAAAUAGCGAGGACAGGAGCGUGCCCGAACAGGCACAGCACUGGGCCUCACCCAAAGGGCCUCAAGAAUCCUGGAGCACAAAGCAGGCAUCAGGAGCGUUGAGGCAGGCACAGAACGAGACCUGGCACAAAGAAAAAGAUGGGCAGACACAGCCUUGGGGCACGGAGGAAUGGAGGGAUGAAGCCUCCCAAAACUGGAAAGAGGGCACCCAAACCUGGGAAGCGGCUGAAGGAGCCUGCCAGAGCAUGCCUGGGAGGAGCAGGAGGCUUGGAAGAUCUCGCAAACCUGGGAAGCCGCUGAAGGAGCCGCCGUGCCAGUGCCAGAGCAUGCCUGGGAGGAGCAGGAGGCUUGGAAGGGCUGCCAAACCAGGGAAGCGGCUGAAGGAGCCGCCGUGCCAGUGCCAGACCAUGCCUGGGAGGAGCAGGAUGCUUGGAAGGGCUCUGAAGAAGUCUCCGUCCUACCGAAGCAGGCAGCUCUUCCCACAGAGCUGUUGA